CCGCUUCGUACGUACUGUCGCUAUUCCCGUUCCGUUUACCGGAAUGACGCUCAUUAGCGCGUAACACAGUUGCGCAGAUAACGUAACGUCCUGACGUAACAGAGGCCCAGGUAAAAGGAAGUGGUCCCCCGUGGACGACUACCCUCAAAUCAGGACAACGAGUCUGGAUGGCAGUAAGGAUUUCCACAGGACCAGCUCACGUCUUUUCAGUCGAGAGGUUCGGUAGAAAAUAAUCGUUCAGCUGAACGUGAGGAAACAUCAGGAGCCGAUGAUCAUACGUGUUAUCAUGAAGCCUAGAUUAAGUGUUUCCUGCUCAGCCACUGAAACUCGCCUUUUACCUUGAACGUCAGACAGACAGGAAAUGAUGAAAUGAGAUAAGAGGACCACUGGAGGAGCCCCGCCCCUUCACCUCCACCUCACCUCUUUGAAGCAUGGCAGGCCUGCAGCUCGUCACUCCUGCCACUUCACCCAUGGGGCCCUUCUUCGGCCUGCCGUGGCAACAGGAGGCCAUCCAUGACAACAUCUACACACCCAGGAAAUAUCAGGUAGAACUUCUUGAAGCAGCUCUGGAACACAACACUAUUGUCUGCUUGAAUACCGGCUCAGGGAAGACCUUCAUCGCAGUACUUCUAACAAAAGAGCUCUCCCACCAAAUCAGAGGACGCUACCAAGAAAACGCUAAGAGGACGGUUUUCCUGGUGAACUCAGCGUUGUCUGUGGUUCAGCAGGCAGCUGCAGUCAGGACGCACUCAGACCUGCAGGUAGGAGAAUACACAGACCGGGAGGAGACAUCGGCAUGGAGCGACCGCCGCUGGAGUCAGGAGAUAACUCACAAUCAGGUUCUGGUCAUGACCUGCCACAUGUUCCUGCAUGUUCUGAGGAACCGGAUCUUAUCGCUGUGGAAAAUCAACUUGGUGGUGUUUGAUGACUGUCACCUGGCCAUCACAGAACACCCCUAUUGUGACAUCAUGAAGCUGUUUGAGGACUCCACAUGUGGACCUCGCAUCCUCGGCCUCACGGCUUCCAUCCUCAAUGGAAAGUGCGACCCAUCAGAACUCGAGCAGAAGAUUCUGAAUCUGGAGAGAAUCCUGAAGAGCAACGCUGAAACUGCCACGGACCUGGUGGUUCUGGACAGAUACACCUCUCAGCCUAGAGAAGUGGUUCUGGACUGCGGUCCCUUCAUGGAUAAGAGUGGCCUGUCGACCCGUUUGCAUGCGGAACUGGAUGAAGCCCUCCUCUUCCUCAAUGACUGCAACAUACCUGUUUCCAGAGAGGACCGGGACCCCACCUUCAUCUCCAAACAGAUCCUGAGCGACUGCCGGGCCGUGCUGCAGGUCCUCGGACCCUGGUGUGCAGAUAAGGCUGCAGGCAUCAUGGUCCGCGAGCUUCAGAAGUACAUCAAACAUGAACAGGAAGACCUGAACCGGAAGUUCCUGCUCUUCACCGACACCAUCCUGCGCAAAGUUCACGCUCUGUGUGAGGAGCACUUCUCCCCUGCCUCCCUGGACCUGAAGUUUGUCACCCCCAAGGUCCUGCGCCUGCUCGAGAUCCUUCACGAGUACAAGCCCUUCGAGAGGCAGCAGUUUGAGAGCGUGGAGUGGUACAACAACCGGAACCAGGACAACUACGUCUCCUGGAGCGACUCAGAGGAUGAAGAUGAGGACGAGGAGGUGGAGGCCAAAGAGAGGCCCGAAGCCAACUUCCCCUCGCCCUUCACCAACAUCCUGUGUGGGAUCAUCUUUGUGGAGAGGCGUUACACAGCGGUGGUCCUGAACCGUCUCAUCAAGGAGGCGGGGAAGCAGGACCCGGAGCUGGCUUACAUCAGCAGCAACUUCAUCACCGGCCACAGCAUUGGAAAGAACCAGCCACGCAACAAGCAGAUGGAGGUGGAGUUCAGGAAGCAGGAGGAGGUUCUUAGGAAGUUCCGGGCUCAUGAGACCAACCUCCUGAUUGCCACCAGCAUUGUGGAGGAGGGCGUAGAUAUUCCAAAGUGUAACCUGGUGGUCCGCUUCGACCUGCCCACUGAAUACAGGUCCUACGUCCAGUCGAAAGGCCGAGCUCGGGCCCCCGUCUCCAACUACAUCAUGCUGGCUGACACUGAGAGGACCAAGACCUUUGAGGAGGAUCUGGCCACCUACAAGGCCAUAGAGAAGAUUCUGAGGAAUAAGUGCUCUAAGUCAGUGGAGGUGGGUGAACCGGACCAGGUCCUGGAUGAUGACAACAUUCUCCCUCCUUACGUGCUGCGGUCUGAGGAUGGAGGUCCGCGGGUCACCAUCAACACCGCCAUCGGACACAUUAACAGGUACUGUGCUCGGCUGCCCAGUGACCCAUUCACACAUCUUGCACCCAAAUGUAAGACUGCGGAAACAGAAGAUGGACGCUUCCAGUCUACGCUCUACCUGCCCAUAAACUCGCCUCUGCGGGUUCCUGUGAAGGGCCCUGUGAUGAGCUGCGCCAGGCUCGCAGAGAAAGCUGUCGCUCUGCUUUGUUGUGAGAAACUCCACAAAAUCGGUGAGCUCGAUGAUCACCUGAUGCCUGUGGGGAAGGAGACGGUGAAGUACGAGGAGGAGCUAGACCUCCAUGAUGAGGAGGAGACCAGCGUCCCAGGCCGACCUGGCUCCACCAAGAGGAGGCAGUGCUACCCUAAAGCCAUACCAGAGUGUCUGCGGGACAGUUAUGUCCUACCUGAGCACACCUACUACCUGUAUGUGAUUGGGAUGGUCCUCACCACGCCCCUCCCUGAUGAACUCAACUUCCGCAGAAGGAAGCUGUACCCGCCAGAGGACACCACCAGGUGCUUCGGCAUCCUUACUGCCAAACCCAUACCUCAAAUCCCCCACUUCCCUGUGUACACUCGCUCAGGUGAGGUGACCAUCUUCAUUGAGCUGCUGAAGUCCGGCUUCACGCUCAGCACAGCCCAGCUCGACCUCAUCACCCGCCUGCACCAGUACAUCUUCUCCCACAUCCUCCGUCUGGAGAAACCUGCACUGGAGUUCAAGCCCAUGCUGGCUGACUCGGCCUACUGCGUUCUACCUCUGAAUGUCGUCGGAGAUGCCAACGCACUAGAUAUGGACUUUAAGUUCAUGGAGGACAUUGAGAAGUCCGAGGCUCGUACUGGCAUUCCUACCACUAAGUACACCAAGCAGAACCCCUUCACCUUCAAGCUGGAGGACUACCAGGAUGCUGUCAUCAUUCCAAGGUACCGGAACUUCGACCAGCCUCAUCGCUUCUACGUUGCCGACGUCUACACAGACCUGACGCCACUCAGCAAGUUUCCCUCGCCAGAGUAUGAGACGUUCGCUGAGUACUACAAAACCAAGUACAACCUGGACCUUUCCAACCUGAACCAGCCGCUUCUGGACGUGGACCACACGUCCUCCAGGCUGAACCUGCUGACUCCUCGACACCUGAACCAGAAAGGCAAAGCUUUGCCUCUCAGCAGCGCAGAGAAGAGGAAGGCCAAAUGGGAGAGUCUGCAGAACAAACAGAUUCUGGUUCCGGAGCUCUGUGCCAUCCAUCCCAUUCCCGCCUCUCUGUGGAGGAAAGCCGUGUGUCUGCCCAGCAUCCUGUACCGCCUCCACUGCCUGCUGACCGCCGAGGAGCUCAGAGCCCAGACCGCCAGCGAGGCCGGAGUGGGAGCUCAGACCCUGCCGCCUGACUUCAGAUAUCCCAACCUGGACUUUGGCUGGAAGCGGUCCAUUGACAGUAAGACGUUCAGCUCCUGCAGUGAGGACGGAGACGGUCAGUGUGAUCACCAACAGAGCAUCGGCUCAGAUGGCCCCUCAGCGCCACAUCCCAGCAACCCCCUCUUGCCCGAGCAGGGGCCCCCGUCAGCCCCUGUUCCUGGAGACGACUCCUGCACUCGGACCCUGACAAACGGCACUGCUGUCGUCACUGACGACGACGGCCACCAACACGAGCACCUUGACAAACCUAACGAUUGCCAAUACUGCCGGCCCGGCCGCUCCGGGCCGCAGGACUCUGAAUCAGUACAAGUCACUACCUCAGUUACUGUGCAGGCCCCCCCCAGCUCCAGUCCUCCACAGCCCCACCUUGAAUGUACACUCGGGAGGACCUCAGACCACGCCAACAAAGCUACCUCAGACUGUGAAUGGGCGGCCCCAGCUCCCAGCAGCCCCGCAGCACCUUCCCCAGACCUUGGCCCCCAGGCAGGAGACUCCCCCAAGAACCUGGGGCCCAACCCUGGCCUCAUCCUGCAGGCCCUGACUCUGUCGAACGCCAGCGACGGCUUCAACCUGGAGCGGCUGGAGAUGCUCGGGGACUCCUUCCUGAAGCACGCCAUCACCACCUACCUGUUCUGCACCUACCCCGACGCCCACGAGGGCCGACUCAGCUACAUGCGCAGCAAGAAGGUGAGCAACUGUAACCUGUAUCGUCUGGGGAAGAAGAAGGGUCUUCCCAGCAGGAUGGUGGUGUCCAUCUUCGACCCCCCCGUGAACUGGCUGCCUCCAGGAUACGUGGUGAACCAGGACAAGAGCAGCGCUGACAAGGUGGACUCGGAGGAGAACAAAGAGGAGCCUCUGUCCAAUGGCAGAUCUGGGAAUGACUUUGAUGAUGAGGAUGAUGAGGUUGAGGACGUGGACGAAGAUGAGCUGAUGUUAAAGGACGAGCCGAAGGACGAAGUCAACAUGGAGGACGACCUGGAGUACUACAAGGAGCACAUCAGGUUCAUUGACAACAUGCUGCUGGGAUCCGGAGCGUUCGGGAAGAAGAUCUCUCUGAGCAGCUUCCCCUCCCCCCUCAGCCCGACUCCGGGCCCCUCUCCCACCGCAGAGCCUUCGUAUGAAUGGAAGGCCCCUAAGAAGCCCCCCCACCCCGCUGCGGCCCACUACCCCUCAGAGCCGGCAUCCAGCGGGCCGGCAACAGAGGAGUUCGACUACAGCUCAUGGGACGCAAUGUGCUACCUGGACCCCAGCAAGGCUGGGGAGGAAGACGACUUCGUGGUGGGUUUCUGGAACCCGUCGGAGGAGAACUGCGGAACCGAGUUGGGGAAGCAGUCCAUCUCCUAUGACCUGCACACGGAGCAGUGCAUCGCUGACAAGAGCAUCGCCGACUGCGUGGAGGCUCUGCUGGGCUGCUACCUGACCAGCUGUGGAGAACGGGCUGCCCAGAUGUUUCUUUGCUCUCUGGGCCUCAAGGUGUUGCCGUUGGAGAGGGGGAACCUGGGCUGUCGGAGCUCUGCGGUGGACCUGAGCUACGGUUGGCUGAAGAUCCCGCCCCGCUGCAUGCUGGACCAUCCAGACGCACAGCGAACACUGCAACACCUCAUCUCCGGCUUCGAGAACUUUGAGAAGAAGAUCAACUACAGCUUUCAGAACAAGGCGUACCUGCUGCAGGCCUUCACCCAUGCUUCCUACCAUUACAACACCAUUACAGAUUGUUACCAGCGGCUGGAGUUCCUCGGUGAUGCAAUUCUAGACUACCUCAUAACGAAGCACCUUUAUGAAGACCCGCGGCAGCACUCUCCUGGGGUUCUGACGGACCUGCGCUCAGCGCUCGUCAACAACACCAUCUUUGCCUCUCUGGCCGUCAAGUACGACUACCACAAGUACUUCAAGGCCAUCUCGCCCGAGCUGUUCCACGUCAUCGACGACUUCGUGCAGUUUCAGCUGGAGAAGAACGAGAUGCAGGGCAUGGACUCCGAGCUGCGACGCUCUGAGGAAGACGAGGAGAAGGAGGAAGACAUCGAAGUCCCAAAGGCCAUGGGAGACAUCUUUGAGUCUCUGGCUGGAGCUGUUUACAUGGACAGUGGGAUGUCUCUGGAGACGGUGUGGCAGGUGUAUUACCCAAUGAUGAGGCCUCUGAUAGAGAAAUUCUCAGCCAAUGUGCCGCGUUCUCCGGUCCGGGAGCUGCUGGAGAUGGAGCCAGAAACUGCCAAGUUCAGCCCUGCAGAGCGCACGUAUGACGGGAAGGUGCGCGUGACGGUGGAGGUGGUCGGGAAGGGCAAGUUUAAAGGAGUCGGCCGCAGCUACAGAAUCGCCAAGUCAGCGGCGGCGCGGCGAGCGCUGCGCAGCCUCAAAGCCAAUCAACCUCAGGUCCAAAACAACUGAGCUCCGGUCCGAGCUCUCAGCAUUAAAAGCUACGGAUGCUGACGGAGAAGAAGCAGCUUCCCAACGUGGCACCGCACUCGCCUCCGAUGGAACACCGAGGCGGCCGGGAAGACGGCGGACUGAUCUGACAUCACUUGGUUCACCUUUUGUUUUGUUUGCGCUGACACAAUCUAUCCUUUCUGCUUCGUGUGAUCACAUGACCGCUUUAUUAGCAAUGUGUUGGAGGUCAGGCGGCGUCUGGGUCCGUUCAGGCCAUGCUCAUGCUCCGUAGAGUUAGACUGAGGAAACGCUCUCCUCCACAAACUGCACGCUGGUGCCGGUGCCUGUCCCGGUCCGCGAUUGGCCACCGGAGCUUCAGCCGGUCUUCACGUUGUUCUGAUCUGAUUUGCACUUCCAUUAGAGUCUGUUAAUGACGUCACAUCCACACCAAAAUCAGAUGCGUAGCAGAGUCAAUGAAUAUAUCUGGAAAAUCUGAGAUGGAACUUCACAUCCUGAGAUAGGAAUUCCAACAUUCCCAGUUACUGUAAUUUAAAGUAGUUUGAAGCACUUGGUUGCAUGUUGUUGUAGCUCGUGUAUAAACCAUGACAACUGGACGGCUUCUAAAUGUUGUGUGUGUGAGUGUGUGUGAGCACGGCGACGUGCUCGUGGCAUUAUCUCGGUGAUGUGGUUCAUACGUAGAUCCGAGGGGAGGGAGACACCACACUGCAGAUUUCCUCUGCUCCUCUCCCGCCGUUCCUACCAAAGCUGAUGUGACACUAUGAGGCUGAAGGUAAUUCCUGAGGAAACCAGCUUCUUCUUGUUGUUAAAUGUUGCUUCUCUGUCAUCAGUAAGCGCUUCUUCACCUGAAUACCUCAGUUAAUUGCAUGCAUUUCUGUUUCUUUUUGUUUGGUGCUAUGUUUUUGUAUUAAGCUUGAACUUCUCAUCUUUUUUUGCACUGUAACUAUGAUACCUCUUUAUUUGACCUUUGGUUUGUUUGGUCAUCCUGUCGCUGCAGAGAAGAGCCGCCAUGUGACUCCUCCCCCUCCCACUGGAUGACUGCAGGGGGCGGGGACAGGAAGUGGUUAUUUUUUGUUCUGUGGGUGUUUUGGAGUAUUGAUGGGUGGAUGAGGGUCAGGCCUGCAGAGGUAAUCAGGCUGCACUCUGCUCGUCUGUGUGGCUUCUACCUCAACACACACACGCGCACACACACAUACUGCAUCACAUGUUCAGUAUUCAACACACACACACUUGUCUGUAUCUCAGUGCCUUCUCUGUUUGAGGAGAUCAGUGUCUUUGAUCCAUGAAUGAAUCAAUCAAUAUGUUGAAUGUUAACUAUUUUUAUUUUAACGUUUUCCUUUGAGCUGUUUAUAGACUGUACGGUGGCCCAGAGAACUCAACACACUCGUGCACACAAGCAGCAGCAGGUGUGUGUUGACCUGUCUGACUCGAUCAGAUGAUCCGCAGCCAAACUUCCAAACAGCCAGACUCCUCCCACACAGCCCAUUCUGCUCUGAUUGGUCAGUUCUAGGAGUCUGAUCAGGCUCCACCCAUCUUCUGAUUCUAAAUUUGAAACAUGGUUUAAUUGGCUGUGAGGUUAGGACACGCCUCCGAGCUCAGGAUGUGUCUUCAAUAUUCAUUUCCCAAUGAACAAUGGUCCAGUUGGUACCUUCAGGAUCGGAUCAGAUUCCGUGUAGAUUGUUUUUAUUCUGACAUCCAAACAGAAACCGUUCGGAAUCUGUUUGAAAUCUGAUUUGAAUUUUUUAGGAAAUUUCUUUAGAAUCUGUUUAGAGUUCAGACUCUGAAUCAAAAUGGAAUCCGUUUAAAUGUUUUGUUUUGUUUUUAUAUUUUUUUUAGGAUGUCUUUUGAAUGAUUUCUGAAUCUUACCAAAUUCUUUUUGAAAACUUUACGGGAUCUUUUUGGAAACAGAACAGGACCUGUUUGGAGUCUUUCUGAAUGUGUUGCAGUGAAACCUGUUUCUCUUAGUUUGUAAUCUCUUUAGAAUCCGGUCCGAGUUAGUUCAGAAUCCAUUUGGAAUCAAAUCCGAAUCCGUUUAGAAUCCAAGCAAAUUCUUUUUGGAUUCUGAUCAGGAUCUAUUAUCAUCAGAAUGUUCUAUUUGAAAUAAUUUCAGAAUACAUUUUACCUUUUUGGAAAUCGGUUUUUAAUCUCUUCUGAAUAAUUUCAGAUUCUUUUUAUGAUUCAUCUGGAAUCUGAGUCUUUUUAGAAUCUAAUCAUAAUCAAUCCAAAAUCCGUUCAGAAUUCCAUCGGAAUUCAUUAAGAAUCAUCAGAAUCUUUACAGAAGGAAUCUGAUCAGAAUCCCUUUAGAAUCUUUCAGAAUUUGAAUAGAACUGGUUUUAGAAUCAGUAUUGAAUCCUGUACCACCAUUUAAACAUGUUUGACUUCAUAUAAAUUUUCAUUUGUAGAUCAGUCGUCUGUUUGAGUGUUGAGCUCUCCGGGCCUCUGGACCGGGCCUCUGGACCUCUGGCCGGUUCUGACCCAGACUGUCAGUGUAGGUCCAGUAAAACUCCUGCAGUUGGUUUAAAUUCAUGAUUUCAGCCAGAAGCCGAGUUGCUGCUGGUUCUUGUCUUCUUCCCUGUGUUCGGUCCUGCAGAGUGCAGUCUGUCCUUACCUCUAAGUCCGACCCGACCCGCUCUGCCACAGAUGGAGUGUACCUGAUUCACCUGUCACACACAUAGCAGGUAGAUCUAACACACUAACAGUCAGUGAGGGGGCGGGCCUAUUCAGAUGAGAAUGUGAAGCCACGCCCACAGUGUCUCGGUGGCGGGUCGGGCCAGCGGCGGGUCGGGUCCGGCGGCGUUCUCCUGCUGGCAGAUUGUUUUUCCUUCUCUCGGUGAACAUGUAGCACAAUGAGCUUUGCACUUGGCGCCGUACGUUACCUCAAGUCAGAGUGAAAGGGAGCGAAGAUGUCUGCACGCCAUGAGUUCUGGUUCUGGUUCCGGCUCCGCUGCUGUCUGGGCUGCUGCUAUCACACAUAAAUCAUACAUCAGCUGACACACACUGUAAGAGAUUGUCACAUGACCUGCUGACUCCUCUGGUUGGAACACAUGUUUCCAUGUGGACCCCUGGCCCGGUUUUUACUGAUGUGGGGGUUCUUUUGGACCUUCAACCUCCUGGAGCUUUUUGAUGGCAGCUCAAAGGAAAAACCCACUCAGACCUGAAACUGUUCUCCACCUAGAGACCAGACAAACCUCCUCUGAGCCAUGAAGCUCCAGUUACUGAUCCGACCGGGUUCUGGAACUUUUCCGACCUGGUCCUGGAGCUCAGAGAAGCCCCUCAUGUCAUCAGGUUGUUGCAGUUAUUAAAAGUCAGAUUUUAGUUUAGCUUGUUUAGUUCUUGGAACCAGCCCCGUUAUGUGUGUGGUUCUGGUUCUGGUUGGAGGAUUGUGUCAGAUGGAGACUAGUGGAUAUUCUGAUCCACAUGUUUCUGUUAGGAUUUGGAUCCAGAUGUUUGUUAGGAUUUGUGAUCAGUCAUGUCUGAAGAGAUGUCAGAGGUUCUAAGAGGUGCCAGCGGUCGACUGACAUGAAGCUCUGCAGCUCAGAGGGACUGGUUCUCUGAGUCCAGUUCUUGGUCCUUAUGGUUCUGACAGAACUCCAGGCUGGGUGGUUUUUUCUAUAAGAGCUGAUCAGAGAACAGCUGAUGAUCAGCUGAUGACAGCAGCAGGAGUGCAGACGGUUCCUGGACCAGCAGAACCAGCAGCGCUGACCGGGGCUCAGGGUGGGAACUUUGGGCCAUCAGGAGCUGCAGCCCGACCCGUCAGGGUCAGAACAGGAAGUGAAGUCCAACAUACUGUAACAGCGAGCUGCACCUUAUGGAUCACAGAGACCUUUAAAAUUGUUUUUUUGGAUUUUCUGUUCUUUGUUGUUUCUAAUCGUAGCUCAGUAUAUCUCCAAUAAAGUCACGUCUGGUCGUU